CCCACGUCCAAAACCCAAAACACUUCCGCCCUCUAAUGCUCCACCAGCUCCUUCUAAACCCAGUUCCAAAACCACCGCCCAUUCCACCGUCAUACCGUCCACUAAGCCCUUUAAACCAAUUCUCCUACGAAGAAACCUACAGGCACAUCUGCAACCUCCUCCUCUCUCUAACCCACUCAAGGUCCCUUCCAAAGGGCCUCCAGCUUCACGCUCACAUCCUCAAAUCUGGUCUCCACACCAUCCCUCUUGUUUGCCACCACCUCAUCAACUUCUACUCCAAGACCCAUCUCCCUCUCCUCUCCCGUCAGGUCUUUGACGAAACUCCAGAAAAGACCGUCACCACUUGGAGCUCUGUCAUCUCAUCUUUUGCCCAGAAUGAGCUUCCCUGGCUUGCAAUCGAGUUUUUCCGCAGAAUGCUUGGUAGCAACUUCCGGCCCGAUGAUCAUAUAUUCCCUAGUGCCACGAAGUCUUGUGCAAUUUUGGGUCGACAUGAUGCGGGGCAAUCGAUACAUUGCGUCGCUGUGAAAACUGGAUAUGAUGGUGAUGUUUUCGUGGGCAGUUCUUUGGUUGAUAUGUAUGCGAAGUGCAGGGCAAUUUGGGAUGCAAGGAAGAUGUUCAAUGAAAUGCCUGAGAGAAAUGUGGUCUCUUGGAGUGGGAUGAUUUAUGGGUAUACUCAGUUGGGUGAAAAUGAGGAAGCUUUAAGGUUGUUUAGACUAGCCUUAUAUGAAAAUUUGGAUGUGAAUGAUUUUACAUUUUCGAGUGUUAUACAUGUUUGCAGUAAUUCCACUCUUCUUGAGUUGGGGAAGCAGAUACAUGGCUUGUGUUUUAAGACAAGUUUUGAUUCGUCGAGUUUUGUGGGGAGUUCUCUGAUUUCCUUGUAUUCUAAAUGUGGAGUGAUUGAAGGUGCCUACCGUAUUUUUGAUGAAGUGCUUGUUAAGAACCUUGGGUUGUGGAAUGCAAUGUUGAUUGCCUGUGCUCAGCAUACACACACUGAGAAAGCGUUUGAUUUGUUUAAACAGAUGGAAAGUGCAGGGGUGAAACCAAAUUUUAUUACCUUUUUGGGCAUGCUUUAUGCUUGUAGCCAUGCAGGGCUUGUUGAGAAAGGUCAAUAUUACUUUGAGCUAAUGAAGAAAUAUGGGAUUGAGCCAGGUGAUCAACAUUAUGCUUCUUUGGUGCAUUUGCUGGCUCGUGCUGGAAAAUUGCAGGAUGCACUUUCAGUUAUCAAGGAAAUGCCUAUAGAACCAACAGAAUGCGUUUGGGGAGCUUUUCUAACUGGCUGUAGAAUUCAUGGGAACACUGAAAUGGCAGCUUAUGCUGCAGAUAGGGUCUUUGAGCUCAGCCCUGUGGGCUCAGGAUUGCAUGUUUUGUUAUCUAAUGCUUAUGCAGCUGUAGGGAGGUAUGAAGAUGCAGCCAUGGCUAGGAAGAUGCUUAGAGACCAAGGAGUUAAGAAGGAGACAGGCUUGAGCUGGGUUGAGGAGGGUAAUAAGGUUCACACUUUUGCUGCAGGGGAUACGCGCCAUGCAAAAAGCAAGGAAAUUUAUCAGAAAUUACAGGAACUAGGAGAGGAAAUGGAGAGAGCUGGUUAUACAGCAGACACAAGUUUUGUACUUAGACAAGUGGAUGUUGAAGAAAAGAAUCAAACAAUCAGAUAUCAUAGUGAAAGAUUAGCAGUUGCAUUUGGACUCAUUACCUUUCCAUCCGACAGGCCAAUCAGGGUUAUGAAGAACUUGCGUAUCUGUGGUGAUUGUCACACAGCAAUCAAAUUUAUGUCCAAGUGCUCUGGAAGAGUGAUUAUUGUUAGGGAUAACAACCGGUUCCAUCACUUUGAGGACGGUAAAUGCUCCUGCGGUGACUAUUGGUGAUAAACAUCUUCAUUGGUUCAAUUUUCCUGUUGGCUUUUUGCUGUCUGAUUUGGACUAAGUUGUUGAACUUUGGCAAUGAAUUGUGGACAGAAGGAAUCUUGGAGCUUUUCUAACUUGUACAAUUGCUGAUUUUGUUCUCCUUUUCAUUAUUCAAUUUCUUGUAAUAAUACAUCUUCUGUUAA